AUGUUGCGAACAUGUAGCAGAAUCUUUUUGAAACCACGCAGCAGCCUUCGAGAGCCGAGUUGCUACUUCAGCACUACCUGUAAGAGUAUUCUCGUUUUGAAUCCAGGUUCUACAAGCAUGAAGUGUUCUGCCUACAGUAUCUGCGAUUUGAAACUGGAUUUUUCUGUACCUCCUUUUUUCAACAAACAAAUAAAGCUUACAAAAGAAAAUAGAGAGAAGGAAAUAACUGAAUUUUUGAAUGACUAUAUAGACGAGUUCCAUGAUCUGCAGGCCAUCGGACUAAGAACCGUGCACGGGGGGCAGCAUUUCAAGGAGACAGCGUUAGUCACCACGGCUGUGGCAAAGACCCUCGAGUACCUGGUUCCACUUGCACCGCUGCAUCUCCCUCCGCUUCUUACAGCGCUGCAAAAGGUUACGUCACUGCUCCCUCACGUUCCUUGCUACGUCGCAUUUGACACUGCCUUUUUCAAUGAAUUGCCAUCCACUGCUAGAUUUUAUCCAUUGCCAUACGAAAUGGCAGAAAAGGGCUUUAUAAAGUAUGGAUUUCAUGGCCUAAACCACCGCCAUUGUUUUGAGAAAAUCUCAUUGAUGCUCGAUAGAGUACCAAGUCGGUUGAUUACAUGUCAUCUAGGUGGAGGAGCAUCCGUGUCCGCCAUAAUGGAUGGAAGGUGCAUCGACACUUCAAUGGGUUAUACACCACUUGAUGGGAUAAUGAUGACAACAAGAUGUGGCAGUCUGGACCCAAGCAUAGUAUUACGUAUGGUGAAGGAUGCCAAUGGUGAUCUUGAAGAAGUCGAAAGGAUAUUAAACCAAAAAUCUGGCGUUGCUGGUAUUUCAGGCUUGUCCGAUUUGAAAGAAGCAGUUGAUAAAAGGCAAGAAAAUUCAAGAGCAGACCUUGCUUGUGCUAUGUUUCAGAACCGCCUCUGUAAAGCCAUUGGUUCUUUCAUUGCAGUACUGGGCGGCUUAGAUGGGCUUGUUUUCAGCGGUGGUAUCGGAGAGAAUGACUCGUCUUUGCGCAAAGAAGUUGUGCAGCAGCUAUCUUUCCUAGGAAUUGAAUUGGAUGAAGAAUCUAAUGAUAUAAGUACGAAAGAGGAUCGUAUAAUAUCAACUUCGUCAUCAGCAGUAACUGUUGCUGUUAUUCAUGCUAACGAAGAAUUAGUUAUUGCCCAGGAUAUCAUAAGAAUGACUGCGGAUUCGUUUGACAUAUGA